AUGCUGGAUGUAACGACUGAAGUUGUCUACCUGCCAUUUAAAACAGGACUCGAUCUGUCGGCGGGCGAGAAGAAAGAGAUAUGGGAAGAUGUCCUUAGUACUAUUAAGAGACAGCCUGGCGCGAUAAGGGUACUUUGGGGAAGGCAGAUUGAACACCCGGAUACAGUCCAGCUAGUGAUUGACUGGGCAUCGAUGGACUUCCACAAAGCAUUCAUGGACAGCCCAAUCUACCCGCCUUUCCUGAAAAAAAUGGAUGAUCACCUUCUAGCCGGAACACCAGUCUUAUAUCAUGCCAAGUUUCCCUUUGCGCAAAGCUCAUACGGUGAUCCAUUUACUUCUCCUGUAACCGAAUGUAUCGCCGGCUUCUUUCCCGCAGACUAUCCCGAGUCACAGUAUGAAACCCAGUUUAUAACUUUCCGGGAGGAAGCCCUCAAAACUAAGGACCUUGCUGCCGAUGGCGUGAUCGGCGGAUGGAGUGUUGAAAGGCAGUCGCAUGAGGCGUUGGGGGAGGGAGUAGAGGGAAAAUUAUUUAUGAUUUUCAUUGGAUGGCCAGAUGUAGAGGCGCAUAUGGUGUUUCGGGACUCAGCCGAUUUUGCAAGAGUAAUUCCGCAUUUGAGAGAUGGACCGGUGGGGAGGAACAUGUGGCAUGUGGCGUUGAAGGAGCAUAAGUGA